AUGGUUCAGAAACUUGACCAGAAGCUGCCUGUAGCCAACGAGUACCUGCUGCUUUCAGGUGGUGUGCGGGAAGGUGUGGUAGACAUUGAUCUUGAUGAGCUGAAUGUUUAUGCACGAGGCACAGACUAUGAUAUGGACUUCACCCUGCUUGUGCCCGCACUGAAGCUGCAUGACCGCAACCAACCAGUCACGCUGGACAUGCGCCACUCAGCUUUGUGCCAUUCCUGGCUGAGCCUGCGUCUGUUUGAUGAAGGAACUAUCAGCAAAUGGAAGGACUGCUGCACGAUCGUGGACCAUAUCAACGGAGCUACCAAUUAUUUCUUCUCUCCGACAAAAGUCGCAGACUGGUUCUAUGACUCCAUUAGCAUUGUCCUCUCCGAGAUCCAGAAAAAGCCUCAGCGAGGGAUGCCAAAGGUGGAGAAGGUAGAAAAGAAUGGGACUAUCAUAUCCAUCAUUCUGGGAGUGGGCAGCAGCCGCAUGCUGUACGACAUUGUCCCUGUGGUGUCCUUCAAAGGUUGGCCAGCUGUGGCCCAGAGCUGGCUGAUGGAGAACCACUUCUGGGAUGGGAAGAUCACAGAGGAGGAAGUCAUAAGUGGGUUUUACUUAGUGCCUGCAUGUUCCUACAAGGGGAAGAAGGACAAUGAAUGGAGGCUGUCAUUUGCCAGAAGUGAAGUGCAGCUGAAAAAGUGCAUCUCCAGCAGCCUCAUGCAAGCCUAUCAGGCCUGCAAAGCUAUCAUCAUCAAAUUGCUGUCCCGCCCCAAAGCCAUUAGUCCCUAUCACUUGCGGAGCAUGAUGCUGUGGGCUUGCGACAGGCUACCAGCCAACUACUUGGCCCAGGAGGAUUACGCAGCCCAUUUCCUCCUGGGUCUCAUUGAUGAUCUCCAGCACUGCUUGGUCAACAAGAUGUGCCCUAACUAUUUCAUCCCCCAGUGCAACAUGCUGGAGCAUCUCUCUGAAGAAACCGUCAUGCUGCAUGCGCGGAAGCUGUCCUCAGUCCGCUCAGACCCUGCCGAACACCUUCGAACUGCCAUCGAACACGUCAAAGCAGCCAACCGGCUAACACUAGAGCUCCAACGGCGGGGCAGCACCACCAGCAUUCCCUCCCCGCAAUCAGAUGGAGGGGACACCAACCAGCCUGAUGACCGAUUAGCCAAAAAGUUGCAACAGCUAGUGACUGAGAACCCCGGGAAGUCCAUCUCCGUCUUCAUUAACCCAGAUGAUGUCACAAGGCCCCACUUCAGAAUUGAUGAUAAAUUUUUCUGAGCUUUCGUCAAUGUUUCUUGGGAUUUUUUUCUUUUGUUUUGUUUUUAAAAACUCUUGCAACGUGCAGGUUUUUUUGUUUGGUUUUCCCUGAUGACUUAGUCUCUUGUUUUUUACAUAUCCAGCGUAGAUUGGAUCUGUUGAGAACAACCUGAAUAAAUUAUAAUUCCUGGUUCUGCAGGACAGUGCAGAUUUUGAAACAGUAUAUUACUAUUUCAUAUGCUGCUUUGAUUUUUUUCACCCACCCCGCCCCAUUGUCUGUGAGUAGUUUCUAAAGGAGAACAUGCACCGUAAACACACAUGCCACAGUGUAAUGUAGAUUUUUUUUUUUCAAGCUUCCAUAAUUUAUGUACAUUGUUGGGCCUGGGGAAGGGAGUACUCACCUUCCGUUGCUUCAGAAAUUCACUUCUUUUUCCAUGAGCUUCCAUCACCCUAAACAAAUGAGGAGAGACUCUGGGUUGGAAAGCACUACUGGUAAUUUGAUGAGGCCAAAUGUACUGGGCUGAA